AUGGCUAAUAAUGGCCAGAUUCUACAGGCACAGCUCAACCCCCUCAUGAGAGAGCUCCAGCGGGACAACACUGCUGUUUUCCACUUUAUCGAAGGAGACAUCGAAGCCACGCCCGGACCAGGAAUCGAAGGGUUCUUCGACGGGCCCUUUUACAGCUACUACAAGUUCCCGCGGACAUUUGACGACACUGACGCGGACGAAUCGAUGCUGGAGGCGUAUGAGCUGCUAUAUGAAGUCGUUGAACAAGACGGCCCCUUUGACGGCGUCCUGGGUUUCUCGCACGGUGGCACCCUUGCUUCGGGCUUCUUGGUUCACCAUGCAAAAACACGACCCUACGAUCCGCCGCCAUUUCGAUGCGCGGUCUUCUUGAACUCCCUGCCGCCGUUCCGGAUGGAGAGUUUGGACAAGACCCCUGUCGUGGAUGAGGGGCUGGAGGGGUACAUUAAUAUUCCUACGCUCAGCAUUGCGGGCAGGAAGGAUUUCGCAUACAAGUUUUCUCUGGCGCUGCACGGUCUCUGUGAUCCGCGAGUGUCUCAUCUGGUCGUACACGACAAGGGCCAUGAUGUUCCUCGCGAUCCGAAGAACGUGUCGGCCAUGGCACAGGCGAUCCGGGCAUUGCUGACGGAGGCGUUGUUGUAUUCGUGGUGA